AUGGCUGAUUUUGAAAUAAACGAGGCUCUGGCCUCAUUGGAGAUGCUCAUGUCCGAGUUCUUUGCGCCGACUACUAAUAAUUUUAGAAAGAGAGAAAUAGAAAACAUGCUUGAAAAUUUUUCAAACACUCGAGAUUCAUGGAAGCAUUGCUUAUUGUUUCUUCAAAAAUCGGAAAACCAAUAUGUUCUAAUUGUUACUCUUACUACUUUGGAGAAAAUAAUAAAUAGACAAUGGAUAAGACUAUCAGAUAAUGAGAAAACAGAAAUCAGAUUAACUUUAAUGAAUGAGUUGAUGACCAAACAUGAAACCAUGCUGUACUUCAUUAGAAACAAGCUAGCAGCACUUUUAGUGUCUAUUGCUCGUUAUGAUUGGCCUCAUUUGUAUCCGGAUUUUUUUAGCAAUAUUGUUGAGCUAUUGAAAUGUGAUGGACAUCAGUGUGUUGUGGGCUUAGUGUUAGCUCAAGCUGCAAGUGAAGAGUUAGGUGCGGCCCGCGACACUGGUGUACUACUUCCAUCAGAAAGGAAAAGUCAACUUGAAAGACUUAUGUUGAAAGGCAUGCCACAAAUGUUAUCAGCCUUAAAUGCUAUAUUAGAGAAAAAUGGUCAAAAGGAAGGUCAAUCAAAUCCUCCACCAUCUCCAACAGGUGGAUUACCACAGGCUUCUGCACUACCAGAUUUAUUAGCUAAUGCACAUGAUGUUCAUUCAGCUGAUAAAGCACUUAAUAUGGAGAUAGUAGUCAAAUGUCUCAGUACGCUCCAGCAUUUGUUUUCGUGGCUGCCUCUGUCGUCGCAUGUGCCACCUUCCCUCGUCACUACAGUGUUUUAUUGGGGCAGUGUUGCUACACAAUCACAGAGUGCGGAGGCGGCGCUGGCGGGCCUCGGUGGCGUGUGUGAGCUGCUGUACCGGCGUUACGCACCGCCGUCGUCCGCCGCCACGGCGCUGCGCCUGCACCACUGCGCGCUGCGCCUCCUGCGACACCUCAACCACCACCACCACAUGCAACGCGCUGACCACAGUUACUUAAACAAGCUAGCCGAAUUCCUAAAGCUAUUUGUAUCCUUGCAUUUUAAAAGGCUUGAGGCAGAGCCUGAAUUUGAUGCCAUAGAAUUCUUGUCAUAUCUAUUCCAGUACACAUUCCAGGUGCCGACAUGUUCUACGUUUGUAAGCUGUUUAGAUAUAUGGAUUCAAUUUAUAGAUGUAUUAAAACCUGAAGACACUCCGAAAUACUGGGAAGCUUUGCAGGCGUUAGUGAAUGGGAUAUUGAACAAAAUACAGUUUCAACACAAUAAGGCACAAUUACAACACCUAGAUAACGACGUGUGCGACGACGAUGGAGAAACAGAAUGGCAGACUUUCUUAAAACAUUGCAUAGAGUGUAUCGCGCGCGUUGCCGACCUCGCGCCGUUAGAUGUCUUCACAGCUGUGAUGGAGCGGUGGCAGGGGCUGGCGGGCGUGCACGCGCGCGCGGGCUCGCGCGGCGGCGCGGGCGGCGAGGCGGAGCGCCUGCUGGCCGCGCUGCUGGACCUGGCCACGCUCACGCGCCUGCUGGGCCGCCUCGCGCCCGCGCUGCUCGCCGAGGGCGAGGGCGCGGGAGGCGCGGGGGCGGUGGCGCGCGCGCACGCGGCGGGCGCGGCGCUGGUGGAGCGCUGCGCGGGCGCGCUUGCCGGCGCCGCGCUCACGCGCCCGCACCGCACGCACGCCUCGCUCGCGCUCGCGCGCGCACACAUCAUGCUG